AUGCAUUCCUCAGGUGAUCGUUUGCUAGCAAAACGUGAAGAUGGACAAAUGUUUAUCAGUCAAAAUUUCUUUCACACUAAGAUUUCAAAAAAAAGUGUGAGGGCAACUGAACAUGAUGUUGAUGAUGAAGACGAUGAUUAUAGUGGUGGUGGUGAUGGUGGUGGUGAUGACCAGAAUAAUGAUGACGAGGAGGAGGUGGUGGUGGAUUUCGAACUCAAUCCUUGCUUUUCAUCUAACAGAACAAUCUUCAUCAAUGAAUCUGUAAUCCAACAAGGCAGAAAAAGGAAGAAGAUGCAUUCCUUAGGUGACCAUUUGUCAGCAAAAGAUGAAGAUGGACAAGUGUUUAUCAGUCAAAAUUUCUCUCAAAUUAAGAUUUCAAAGGAAAAUGAGAGGGCAUUUCUAGCUGCUAAAAAAUGCAAGCGUACAAAUCCAUGUUUCAUGGUUGUCUUGCAGAAAUGUGAAAUAGAACACCAUAACUACAUGGUGAGCCCCAUACAUGUUUACACAUAUACAAUUAAAUUUUUAGAAUUUAUCAAGAAGUACACGAAGAACUGCUCAGAAUACAGAACUCUUAAAACAUCUACUAGUGGAAAGAAGCAGUGGCUUGUGAGGUGCACCCCAAUACACAAAAAAAGAUGGCCUAUGAAAAUUAGCAGAGGAUGGAGUGCAUUUAAGACAGACAACACCCUGAGGGAAGGUGAUGUCUGUGUAUUUGAGCUGAUGAAGAAGAAUGGCAUUUUGUUUAAAAUUUCAAUAUACCGUGCAGCUGAAUAG